AUGUCAUCUGAAAAAAAGACUACAACUUCCCAGGUAUCGCCUGCCAUCGCCUUUAUAUCAGGUGCCAUGGCCGGAGGAGCCGAGUCUAUCAUCACUUAUCCAUUUGAGUUCGCAAAAACAAGGGUACAACUACGUCGCGACUUGCGAAAUCCCCAAGUCAUGAAGUAUCCUGUGAGGAUCAUUCACCAUGUAUUCCAACAAGAAGGCACUCGUGCCGUGUACAAGGGAUGCUCGGCAAUGAUCGCCGGCUCUGUUGCGAAGGACGGCGUACGCUUUCUUUUCUUCGACGAAGUCAAAAAUAAAUUCAAAGAUCCAGAGACUGGGACUAUGACACCAGUCCAAAAUAUCAUGGCGGGCAUGUGUGCGGGUAUGGUGUCAAGUACCUUAGCAAGCACUCCGGCUGAGCGAAUGAAAAUUGCUAUGAUUGAUGACGCAAGAAGCAAACGGCGCUUCUCUUCACCAUUGCACGCGCUACGUACUAUCUUUCGAGAAAGCGGAUUUGCUGGCUUAUACCGCGGGUAUAUGGGAACCACCUUGCGACAAUCGUCUGCCACGGCGCUUCGAAUGGGAACAUACAAUAUCCUGAAAGAUUAUGAAACCCAGAGUCAUAUUUCGCAAGGCACGAUGGUAAACUUCGGCAACGGCGCCAUUGCUGGCUUUAUUGCGACUAUUGGCACACAGCCAGUUGAUGUGAUUAAAACCCGUUGUCAGAGUGUACAAGGAUCUGGCCUAUCAGAUGCGUUCGUCUCUAUAUUGAAGGAAGAUGGAUUUAAAGGAUUUUGGUACGGGACAUCAAUGAGGCUGUCAAGAACGGUUUGCAGCGGCGGUAUCUUAUUCAUGGUCAACGAACAGGUUACAAAGGUCUUACAAUUUCUUUGUCGAGGUUCCAUCCAAGCUGACACAUUAGAAAGAUGA